AGGCCGCUCCGGAGUUUUCAACGACUUCAUUCUGAUCAGAAAAUGUCUGUCCUUAAAAGGCUUUUUCAGUACAUUGAUGAACACCAGGAUCUCUAUGUUCAGCGGCUGGCCCAAUGGGUGGAAAUCCAGAGUGUGUCGGCAUGGCCGGAGAAGAGGGAUGAAAUCAAACGAAUGAUGGAAGUUGCUGCCAAGGACAUUGAGCGGCUGGGUGGCACAACUCAACUUAUGAAUAUUGGCACCCAAAAGCUCCCUGAUGGGUCAGAGAUUCCACUACCUCCAAUUAUUCUUGGCAAACUUGGCUCAGAUCCACAAAAGAAAACAGUGUGUGUUUAUGGGCAUCUGGAUGUCCAACCUGCAGCCCUGGACGAUGGCUGGGACAGUGAACCCUUCACCUUGGUAGAAAGAGAUGGAAAACUGUACGGGCGAGGGUCAACAGAUGACAAAGGUCCAGUGCUUGCCUGGCUGAAUGCCCUAGAAGCUUAUCAACAAACUAAACAGGAAAUCCCAGUGAACAUCAAGUUCUGUCUAGAAGGCAUGGAGGAGUCUGGUUCUGAAGGCCUAGAUGAACUGAUUUUUGCUCAAAAAGACACUUUCUUCAAAGAUGUGGACUAUGUUUGCAUCUCUGACAACUACUGGCUAGGCAAGAAGAAGCCGUGUAUUACAUAUGGCCUCAGGGGAAUCUGCUACUUUUUCAUAGAGGUGGAAUGCAGUGACAAAGACCUUCACUCUGGAGUUUAUGGUGGCUCAGUACAUGAGGCCAUGACAGAUCUCAUUGCUCUGAUGGGCUCCCUUCUGGAUAAGAGAGGGAAAAUCCUCAUUCCUGGCAUUAAUGAAGCAGUGGCGCCACUUACUGAUGAGGAGCUGGAGUUGUAUGAGAAGAUUGACUUUGACCUGAAGGAAUAUGCAAAAGAUGUGGGAGCAACAAAACUACUGCAUGACACAAAGAAAGAGAUCCUAAUGCACAGGUGGCGAUACCCAUCUUUAUCUCUCCACGGAAUUGAAGGAGCCUUCUCUGCCUCAGGAGCCAAGACUGUGAUUCCACGGAAAGUAACUGGCAAAUUCUCAAUCCGGCUAGUGCCAGACAUGACUCCAGAAGAUGUCGCCAAACAGGUUCAGGAUUACCUCACCAAGAAGUUUGCUGAGCUGCAAAGUCCCAAUAAGUUCAGAGUAUACAUGGGCCAUGGUGGAAAACCUUGGGUGUCAGACUUCAAUCAUCCCCACUACAUGGCUGGCAGAAGAGCAAUGAGGACAGUCUUUGGAGUUGAGCCAGACUUGACAAGAGAGGGGGGAAGCAUUCCUGUCACUCUGACCUUCCAAGAGGCAACAGGGAAAAAUGUAAUGCUGCUUCCUGUUGGAGCUGCAGAUGAUGGUGCCCAUUCUCAAAAUGAGAAACUGAACAGGUAUAACUACAUCCAGGGAGUGAAGCUGCUUGGCGCAUACCUAUAUGAGGUAUCUCAACUAAGGGACUGA